AUGUUUGAUUCUCCUGUGGGAAAAAUAAUAGGAGCAGCUGAUGAAAAUUACCUGUAUGUGGUUUCAUUUGAAGAUUCAAAAUUUUUUGAGAGAAAGUUACAAACACUUGCAGAAGCAAUUAAUUGCUAUUAUAUUGAAGGAAAAAACCAUGUUCUUCAAAAGUUAGAGUCUGAAUUAAAACAGUAUUUUGAUGGUGAAAUAAAGAAAUUUACAGUUUCUAUAAAAACUAUUGGCUCAGAUUUUCAAAAGGAAGUGUGGAAUAAAUUACUGGAGAUUCCUUAUGGAUCCACUCAUACUUAUGGAGAUUUAGCAAAAGCUUUAGGAAGACCAGCAAGUCACGCAAGAGCCAUAGGGGCUGCAUGUGGUGCUAAUGCUCAUUUACUUGUUAUACCAUGUCAUAGACUAGUUGCUACAGGCUCUAAAGGAGGAUUCAGCAGUGGUGUGGAUAGAAAAGAAUGGCUUAUACACCAUGAAAAGAAAUUUGGAUCAGUGUAA